AGCUGUGUUCGCGCGGCGGCGGGGGUUGCUUUAGCUCCAGCAGUUACGGCCCAGCCGCUCUCGGGCGGGUGAAACGGUGGCUGUCAGCUUUGGCGUGAGUGACGCGAGCGCGCUGGUCUCCCACGUGAGAGGGUGGCCGCGUGUUCCCACGGCCUGAUGGCUUGGCUUCGGCUGCUCGCUGCUUUCCCUCACAGCUCAGGUUUGGAUGACACCCCAAAGCACCAGGAGGUACUGGUUCCAUACUGGUUUAUGCCGGCUUGUUUGUAGACCGCUUCCCAAACUGGGGCACCGCGAGCCCGUCUGAACCGCGGGAUGCCAAACUGGGGAGGAGGAAAGAAGUGCGGCGUGUGCGAGAAGGCGGUCUACUUCGCCGAGGAGGUGCAAUGCGAAGGCAGCAGCUUCCACAAGUCCUGCUUCUUGUGCAUGGUCUGUAAGAAGAACUUGGACAGCACCACUGUUGCUGUGCAUGGAGAGGAGAUCUACUGCAAGUCCUGCUAUGGCAAGAAGUACGGCCCCAAGGGCUACGGAUACGGGCAGGGAGCAGGGACGCUGAGCACUGACAAGGGCGAGUCCCUGGGAAUCAAAUAUGAAGAGGGCCAGCCCCACCGACCCACCAACCCUAAUGCAUCCAGAAUGGCCCAGAAGGUUGGAGGUGCUGAUGGGUGCCCUCGCUGCGGUCAAGCGGUGUAUGCAGCCGAGAAGGUGAUUGGAGCAGGAAAGUCCUGGCACAAGUCCUGCUUCCGCUGCGCCAAGUGUGGCAAAAGCCUGGAGUCCACCACCCUGGCCGACAAAGAUGGGGAGAUCUACUGCAAAGGUUCCUACGCCAAGAACUUCGGUCCCAAGGGCUUUGGCUUCGGUCAAGGCGCCGGGGCGCUCGUCCACUCGCAGUGAGGCACCGGGAGCCGGGCUCUCUGCUCGCCCAGGGCUUGCCCAGACCAGCCCGUGCUGCCCGAUGCUUCCCGCACCCGCAGCGAGCAUCCUCGCCGCCGUCGAUAACCACCCGCUGCUUCGCAG